AUGGGGGUCUUUAUUUUUACAACAAACAAGAUCAAUGCUGUUUCUCUUGCUAGUCUCUUUCGCAAAAGAGGAACGGCAUACGUGAUAUCUGCUGAUAUCACACAGCUUACCGACGACUAUGAUGUUCUUAUAGUUCCAGGUGGUACCGCAAAACGCUAUGAAGUGCAUUUAGGGGAGAAUGGCAUUGCAUUGAUUCAAAAUUUCGUUGCCAAUGGUGGUGUUGACCCUUCAUAUUGA